AUGGGAAACUAUGGACUGAAAUCGAAGGACGGUAGGGAGAUCGUGACCGUGAUGCUCGUCUUUGGAGCGAUCUCCCUGACUUCCACCAUUCUUCGUGUAGUGUCGCGGAGAACGAGAAAUGUCAGCUUAGGGUUGGAUGAUUAUUGCAUGAUCGGUGCGACAUUUUUGAUAAUGGCGUGUACUGUGGUUGUGAUAUUGAUGGUGACAAAUGGAGGCGUUGGACUUCAUGCAAACACAGGCGAGGUCCCCUUUACAGACAUCCAAUUCAACCUCAAGAUGCUUAUCGCCUGCCAGGUUCUCUAUGGAACCGGCCUGGCCCUUGUCAAAACAUCGAUGAUGACCCUCUAUCACAAGCUCUUUGGUAUCAAAGCCAACAUGCAGGUUGCCAUUUAUGUUACCGGUGCCAUUGUGUGGGCGUGGGCGCUUAGUAUCAUCCUCGAGUCCUUUCUUAUUUGCCAUCCCGUCGCGUUCAACUGGAACCCAACGUUACCGGGGGGCGGAUGUGGGAAUCGCAAUGCAGCCUUUGUGAUAGCUGGAGUACUCAACAUGGUGACUGAUUUUAUGGUCAUGGCACUUCCAAUCCCAUAUAUCUGGAAGCUCCAGCUGCGAAUCGGCCGGAAGAUUGGCUUAUUGGUGGCAUUUUCGAUAGGAAUAUUUGUCAGCGCAAUCAGCAUGGUCCGUGUUGUCAGUCUUAUGAACGUCGACUUCAACGACCUCACAUAUACCCUCCCCAUCCCAUUGAUGUGGAGUAUGCUCGAACAGCAACUCGCCAUCGUCGCAGCCAAUCUGCCUCUGCUUCGUCGGGUGUUCUCCAACGUACUUCCUAGAAGUUGGCUGGGCUCAUCGGCUUACGGGACGGGAACACCAUCGGGAGAGCUCAGUGGCAAGAAACCCUCGGCGCGGGGGUAUUCUCUCACUCGCAUGGAUGCCGGCGCCAAUCGAAGCGAGAUCACGUCGGAGAGCCCCAAAGCUGCAGCUUCAAAUCCCCAGACGAGGUGGAGUGACGAUGACGGGCAAUCAGAUACGGAGUUGACGGUGAACGCGAUGCCACCAGAUGGGAUCCAGAUGUGGAAGGAUUUUCGAGUCGACUCGACUAGAUCCCUAGAAUUGAUGCCCGAUAAAAAAUAA